CUGCAAACAAACCCCCUUUUCUUUUCUCCAAACAAGCGCCUCAAAGAUAGCAAACCCAAAGAAAUGGAGUGGACAGAUCUUGUUAUACUCUUGGCAGUGGCUCUUCUUUUUCGUUUAUGGUGGCGAUACUGGUCGGUCACCGGUGGCGGAGCCAAGAACCUCCCACCAGGGCCACCAGGUUGGCCACUUGUAGGCAACCUUUUCCAAGUUAUCCUCCAAGGAAAGCACUUCAUUUUUGUGGUACGUGAUUUACGUGCCAAAUAUGGUCCUAUUUUCACCAUGCAAAUGGGCCAACGUACCCUUAUAGUUGUCACAAGCCCUGAGCUCAUUCAUGAAGCCUUAGUUCAGAAAGGCCCCCUCUUCGCCAGCCGGCCGGCCGACUCUCCGAUCCGGCUGUUAUUUAGCGUCGGAAAAUGUGCCAUAAACUCAGCAGAAUACGGUCCUCUUUGGCGUUCUCUCCGCCGGAACCUUGUCACCGAGCUGAUAAAUCCGACGAGAAUCAGACAGUGCAGCUGGAUAAGGAACUGGGCUAUCGAAAACCACAUGAAAAGGCUCCAUCAACGGAGUUCUGAAGAGGGUUUUGUGGAGGUGAUGAGCAGCUGCAGGCAGACUAUCUGCAGCAUUCUCAUUUGUCUGUGUUUUGGAGCAAAGAUCUCGGAAGAAUGGAUCAAGGAAAUCGAAUGCAUACUCAAAGAAGUCAUGCUGAUAACAUCUCCAAAGCUGCCAGACUUUUUGCCGCUUCUCACACCACUAUUUCGAGGCCAAGUGCAGGCAGCAAAAGAGUUGAGAAGGAGACAGCUAGAUUCCCUGGUCCCUUUGAUCCGGGACAGAAGAGCGUUUGUGGAGAGUGGUGGAAGCAAAAAUAGCUCCCCGAGGUCGGAAAUGGUCAGCGAUAUUGGAGCUGCCUACGUUGAUUCUUUGUUCCAGCUUGCGCCUCCAGGCCGUGGAAAGCUUGGUGAGGAGGAAAUUGUUACCCUGUGCUCUGAGACCAUAAGUGCUGGUACGGAUACCAGUGCAACGACUGUAGAAUGGGCUAUGCAUCGCUUGGUGACAAAUCAGGAGAUUCAGGAGAAGUUGUACAAAGAAAUUGUUGAUUUGGUAGGGAAAAACGGGGAAAUCACUGAGAAAGAUGUGGAGAAUAUGCCAUAUCUUGUGGCAAUAGUCAAGGAAACAUUUCGAAGGCAUCCUCCAAGUCAUUUUGUCUUGUCACAUGCUUCCACUAAGGAAACCGAGCUAGGAGGCUACACUAUUCCAGCUGAUGCAAGUGUAGAAUUUUACACUGAAUGGAUCACCAAGGACCCUAGCCUGUGGGAGGACCCUAAUGAGUUCAGGCCAGAGAGAUUUCUGAUCGGAGACGGUGUCGACGUGGAUAUUACCGGUGUGAAGGGGGCGAAGAUGCUGCCAUUUGGGGCCGGCCGGCGGAUCUGCCCCGCUUGGACAUUGGGUACGCUGCAUAUCCAUUUGCUGCUGGCUAGAAUGGUUCAGGCAUUCAAGUGGCUUCCAAUUCCGGAUAACCCUCCUGACCCUACAGAGACUUAUGCCUUCACGGUUGUGAUGAAGAAUCCUUUGAAAGCAAUUAUUUUGCCUAGGAACAAGGUUUGAAGGUUUUGGUGGAAUCUUCUUUGGACCAUUUAAUUUGCUUCAUCUGCAACAUUCAAAUUUUAGUAAAUUAAUGUUACCUCCUUGCACUAAGUCUGGUUCGGUUCGGUUUUAUUACUUUUUUUAGGGGGGGCGGGGGUUCUGUUUCUGUCCUUGUGAAGUAGCAGCAGUACUAUAAAUUUGUUGUCAGCAGAUUGUAGUAAUUAAAUAAAUUUCCUCUUGCUGGUUGUUGGAAAAUUAAUUUAGUGCUCUGAGAUUAAAGUUUCU